AUGAUGGACUAUACAAUGCCCCCGCCGCUGACUGCAAGAAAGAUCACGUUGAUGCGAAGCCAAAGUACAAGCUCCACUACGUCCUACCCACAGAUUCCGCGUCGACAAUCUUCCCUGUCGGCGAGCCUGAGCGAUGGCACAAGUGGCCAAGCAGUAUCAACAAGAACGCCAUCACUCUCCGAAAGUCUUCAUCAAAUUCGCGUUGUUAAAAUUCGGGGACGAAACACGUGCGGCUUCUCGAAUGGUUGCGAUCCCAACUCGAUGGACGAUCCCUUUGUUGACAAGAAUCCACAACUCUUCGCCGACGAACAACAUCCAAAACAAACCAAGAAUCGGUAUCGAGCACUUCCGCGAUUGACAAUCCGCUGGAGCUCUGGGUCUUGGGACUCUUGCGGACUGUCCGUACCUUCCAUCUCGGCCAGCGGGUCUUCACAAUCGAGAUCAGCCAUUCGCCAAAUCCAAAAACUUGAGUUCAACCAGCUUUCUCAAAUCGAGUCGGCAUACAUAUCCCCCGUGGACUUGCCAGUCGCGUUUGUAGAUGUGAAGUCGACAACUAGCUUACCGCAGAUAGGCCUAGGGGCCAUGUCUCUGUGGACCACUGUAAAUGUCUCUGCCGAUGUCAGCUCGGUUCCUUUUUCGGGAACCUCGGGUCUUGCUCCUCUCGACGCAAUUAUCCUUCUUGAUAGAUUAUCUCAGUCUUCGGUCAACCAGCUGACGCAGAUUACCUUCGGCCCGUCUGUGUUGGCAUCCAAUUUGAUUCACGAUCAUGACCGGAUUGCUAUACUCUGUAUAAACGGAACGGCGAAGCAUGGGUUCGAAAUCUUGAUGCCUCUGGGCUUCCAUUCCUUCGAGAUUGUUCGAUCUACCCUGAACAGAUUCUCUCAACGCCAGCAUCUCAUGAAACGCGGCGCACCUCUGGACCUCGGAAGUGUCAUCCAGCAGGUUGCAUAUAUGUUUUGUACUCCCACAAGACCCGCCUUCUGCCAUCUUUUCUAUGUCUCUGCCACCCCUCCCGAUCACCUCUUGAUACCGUGGAUUGACCAUGCCAUUGGAUUUCAUACUAUCACUCCCCAAAGCUGUCUGCCAGUGACUCGACCAAACUUUCAGGCUGGCUGGCACAUUUCUUACGAUGUUUCAAGCGAGGAUAUGGGCCCUCAUGGAGCACAGUUUAUACGCAAAGUUUCAAAGGUCAUUGCGCAGCUUCGUACCGGCAUACGUCCGGGAUUCAUAUCUGACCUCAAACUUUCUCUGUUGCCUGUUGAUGGAUGCCUCAUUCAGACGGUUGUCGAUAGCACUCGGCUAACUUCAAUUCGCCCCGGUGAAACAUGGGUCAUUCCGAUUCAGAUCCAUAUACCAAAUGCCUUUCCGCAAGCGUCGCGUGCAUCCAAAUCUGCCGUUCAAUCUCCUAUCCUCGAGGACCUGUUUAUUCAGAUCACUGAGCUUUUGGAAGAUUUCACCGGUGAGAUCACUCAGCCGGUCUUGACCGCUUCAGUCGAUUAUCGGCAUUCUUUACUCCCGUCACCGAAUACAAUUCACGCUGAGACACAACUGACCGUUGUUCGGAUGGAAGAUAGCCGUCGAUUUGGCAAACCGAAUGUUGUGGUGGUUGACCAAGGCGAAGAGUUGGUUAUGUUCUGA